AUACUCGUAAUUAUUCAAAGCUGUUUAUGUUUAAAACGCAAACAACACAGUUUGGAAAGGGUUUCGCGAGUGUUAACUACCACAGUUUAAACGGCAAUGGACAUCACAGAAUUUUGCCAGUUGGUGCUACUGCAAACACCACUUCAGCCUGUUAUCAUCGUCGCUUUCUAUCUUUUAUUCGUUUUGAAACUGGGACCAAUCUGGAUGAAAAACCGACAGCAAUUUGAAAUUAAAAAACUCCUCAUCGUAUAUAACUGUCUCCAAGUAUUUUUCAACGCACAUAUGUUUAUUACAAUGAUGUGUGUUUUACCCAAACUAAAUAUUUUGUGUGGACCCAUCCAGGAUUCAGAACUUGAACUGCAUUCCACUUUGUCAAACGUCUGUCACAAGUACGCUGCUCUUAAAUUGUUCGAUUUGUUAGACACGGCAUUUUUCAUUCUGCGGAAAAGCUACAGACAGAUAUCUUUUUUACAUGUUUACCAUCAUACGAGUAUAUUCGUGAUGGGUUGGGUAAAUAUUAGAUACAUUUUAGUGAACAAAGAGUACCCAAUGGGUCCGAUUAUCUUCUUUGGUGCCUGGAAUACUUUAGUACAUUCCGUGAUGUACACAUACUACUUGCUCAGUAUUAACAAAAAAUAUGUUGGACAGUUAUGGUGGAAAAAGUGCCUCACUUUGCUGCAACUUAUUCAACAUUGCUGCAUGGUUUUUAUGCACAUCGUCGACGUACCUAACUAUAAAUGCCCAAUUCCUAAGCAGUUACAUUUAUGGAGUCUAUUUAAUUUCAUCUUAAUGGUGUAUCUUUUUUCCAAAUUUUAUGUAGAUGCUUAUUGCCGUAAAAAGGAAAAUUUGGACAAAAACGUCGUUUCAGAAAAGUUGGCGACACCUCAUGUACAUUUAGAAUAAUAAGAAAAAUGUGAUGCUUAGAAAUCCUCAUAAACUAUUCAAAAUA